AUGGUCCUCUCCACAGUGGUCUUGCUGGUGGUGGCCCUCCACACUCUCCAGGCUGAAGAUGUGAAUUAUAAACCGAGACUCACAUCCGAGAAGGUAGCGGGGAGGAUCACAGCGUCCACCUUUGUUCUGGAGCAGCCCCGCUGCAUUUUCAACGAGGUUGUCAAACCCACGGACAACGUGUGGCUGGUGGUUGCCCUCAGCGAAGCUGAAGACGAACUGCCUAUUCCCCUCUCCGCAAGGGAGUUGCCCUAUCAGUCGUUCGGGAGCAAUAGCUCGUACAUGACCCUGAAGACCCCCGUGACAAACUACCCCUGUCCGGACCCGGGAGAGGCAAGCGAGGCGCUCACAGUCCUGCGGGUGGGGAGUGAGACGGGGUGCAUCACGGAUCUUUCCUGGCCGGACUGCAAUGGGCCCCUCCCAGGGCCAGGGCCUUACAAGGUCAAGUUCGUCGCCAUGAACUCCACGCAAAUCACAGCUCAGUCACACUGGUCAGAUCUGAUCACGCUGCGCAAAGGGAAGGACCCCAAUAGCAUCAAUACGCAGCCCGCGCGCCGCAGUGCCGGGAUGAUUGUCAUCACUUCAGUCCUCUCCAUCCUGUUUGCCAUUCUGCUGGCUGCCCUCAUCACUGCCUUGGUCUAUAAGUAUUCCAACAUCUGUGAUGGCACUGAGAUCAUGGGCACACGGGAUUCAGCAACCGUAACGCACUACAAUAGCCACCAUAUAUACGACAAGCCAGCAGAAAGGUUGUGA